UAGAAGUUCUAAAGACGCAGCAGCCUGAGCAAAACUCUCUCUCAGAAGAAGGAUCCAGAAACUCCUGGAACUGUCUCUCAGAAGAAGGAUUCAGAACCUCCCGGAACUGUCUCUCACAUCAACGAAAAACAGACAUACAGCCAGAUGACUCUGGAAUUCAAACACACAACUCACCAGGGAGACUUAUUUUUAGGUUAGUUCAGAACUAAAUGCUCUUUUUUUUUUUUUUUUUUUUUGAAUAUACUUUUCUGGUUGUGUUUGAGAGUAGUUGAAAUAAGUCAGAAAAGUGUGUUUGAUGUAUACCUGUGUGUUGACACUGCUCGUCCUGAGCCUGGGGUUGGGGCAUGCUCAGAGGUCCACCCAGGAAGCCUUCAUGAUGCAGUAUUUUGAGAGGAGGAUUGCCCAACUUGAGGAGCGUCUAAUCAAAUGUGAGCAGAACACCCAGCGGGUGGACCAGAAGAUCUAUGACCUGUCUACAGAGGUGCGUGGCCAGCUGGCUAACAUGGAGGUGCACCGGACGGAGGUAAAGACCCAGGUGGAUAGUGUGGCCAUGCGGGUGGAGCGGGUGGAGAGGGACGUGGAGUACCUGGAGAAUAAGACCCCUAACCAGCCCCACAUUGAGGUGGAGGAGGUCCUGAUGGAACAGCAGAUGAAAGACGCCCAGAAGAAAAAAGUAAAGAUCACACUGGGGACAGACUGCGACAUAGCUCUCACUGGUGUGAAGUCUCUGAAGAUAGUGAAGAAAGCAGGGGACGUCUAUGGAUCCUGGCUGAAAGACCCUACUAAGGGCUCUGCCAAAAUCUAUUUCUUCAGUGGGAAUAAGAACAACACCCUACUAGAGUUUAAAUCCCUGAAGACCUUCACUGAGGGAAGGCUCGCCCAGGCUCAUCCAAUUCAGCUCCCCUUUCCCUGGCAGGGAACUGGCCAUGUGGUCUACAAUGGCUUUCUGUACUAUCACAGGGCAGACACACCCAACCAGAUCUUAAAGGUGCAUCUCCUCAACCGCACUGUGGCCGACAGUAUGCUGCUGCCCGGAGCUGGCCGCCUGCCGACCUACGCCCUCACCACACACACCUUCCUGGACCUGGCUGUGGACGAGCUGGGCCUGUGGGUCAUCUACUCUGACCCAGAGUUUGGGGGCAACCUGGUGAUCACCAAGCUGGACAAGAGCAGCCUGGCUGUGGAGCACAUCUGGGACACCACCUGUAAGAGCCACAACGCAGAGUCAGCGUUCAUGAUCUGUGGAACGCUGUAUGUGGUGUACAACUCCCGCUACGGAGGGCGCUCCAGCAUCCAGUGCCUGUACGAUAUCCACGACACCAUCCACAGUGAGCAGAGCCCUGUGCUGUUCUUUCCUAAGCGCUACACCAACCACUACAGUAUGCAUUACCACCCCAAGGACAAGCAGCUCUAUGCCUGGGACGACGGCUACCAGACCAUCUACAAAGUGGACCUCAAGAGCAAGGCUGAAGUCUGACACAAAUCUACAUUAAAAGCAGUGUGUGUGCAAAAGUUAAGCAAGGACACGUCCUCUUUGUCCUGAUGGUUGCAUAGGAUGUUCUUGGCAGAUAGUCAAAUCAAUGCAGUCCUGAUUUUUUAAAAUCUAUAACCCCUCAUUAUCAGUCAUAGAACCACAGGUGUAUUCAAUUCAAAACAUAACUAAUGAACAAUGUCCAUAAUCUGUUAUCAUAAUAAAAAGUAUAGCCAACAAUAUAUCAAUUUAAGUUGAGGUAACACAAUACACAGUUUGCUCGAGGCCCAUAUUUGCAUGUGACUUUCUGCAAGAUUAUAAUAAACUGCAUUUAAAAAGUUG